AUGGUAGCCCCGAGGUAUGUCUUCGUCGACGUUACAGGCGUCGUCCAGGUCGACUCCACUCAGGUCUUUCUUAUUCUCUCUCUUUCUUUCCCUUUCUCUCUCUCUCUCUCUGUCUCUUCUCUCCUUUCGUCUAACUUUUGCGUUCACGCGCUCUCUGACGCGUCUAUCAGCCUCGUGAUGGUUAUCGAAAAUCAAUGGGAUCCACAACACGCGUUCGGGACAGGUCUUUUCCCCCCGUUAUGCCUUGGAUACCUUUCCUUCUCCCUACCUAUCGGCUCGGGCAGCCUGCCAGCUUGCCAGCUUGCCAUUUCUCUGGGUUUGACUCGUCUGAACACUUUAUUCUCCCCUGCAGGCCGCAUCUCUGGCCGGCUGGCAAGACGGUUUUCAGCCGGCCAGAGCUGGCUACAGCCUUCGCCAUCUUGCCGGUUGUAA